UCGCGUCCAGAGAGAACAGACGUACACGCGACGACCGCAUCGCAUUCCCCCCCGGUGCUACCAGCGACGGUUGACCCGUCUCGCCCCCGGCCACCCAUCCCACCAGGCCACCACCACCACCAGCCACAGCCCCGCCGUCGAGCCGGCGCCGCCUGUACUCGUUCAACCCCCGCGCCCGGCCGCCGUGGACCUGUCGCUCGCACGCGCGUUGAACCAUUUUCCCGAGGGAGCAGGAGCUCGCAUCCCCGCCUCCUUUUACUUCUGGGUAUCACGAGUUCCCGCACGAUCCUCCCCUCCCAGCUCCAGCUCCGCCACCAGAUCAAUCCACCCGCCUUCCUCUCCAUGGACCUCCCCAAGCCGCCGUCCACGUCCGCCUCGUCGUCGGGGGCGGAGACGCCGAACCCGCACGCCUUCACCUGCGAGCUCCCGCACUCGAUCUACGCGCUCGCCUUCUCCCCCACCGCGCCCGUCCUCGCCUCCGGCAGCUUCCUUGAAGACCUCCGCAACCGCGUCUCCCUCCUCUCCUUCGACCCCGUCCGCCCCUCCGCCGCAUCCUUCCGCGCCCUCCCGGCCCUCUCCUUCGACCACCCCUACCCGCCCACCAAGCUCCAGUUCAACCCCCGCGCCGCCGCGCCCUCCCUCCUCGCCUCCUCCGCCGACACGCUCCGCAUCUGGCACGCCCCGCUCGACGACCUCUCCGCCUCCGCACCGCCGCCCGAGCUCCGCUCCGUCCUCGACAACCGCAAGGCCUCCUCCGAGUUCUCCGCGCCCCUCACCUCCUUCGACUGGAACGAGGUCGAGCCCCGCCGCAUCGGGACCGCCUCCAUCGACACCACCUGCACCGUCUGGGACAUCGACCGCGGCGUCGUCGAGACGCAGCUCAUCGCGCACGACAAGGCCGUGCAUGACAUCGCCUGGGGCGAGGCAGGGGUCUUCGCCUCUGUUUCGGCUGACGGCUCCGUCCGCGUCUUCGACCUCCGGGACAAGGAGCACUCCACCAUCGUCUACGAGAGCCCGCGCCCCGACACGCCGCUGCUCAGGCUCGCGUGGAACCGAUUUGACCUCCGCUACAUGGCCGCGCUGCUUAUGGACAGCAGCGCCGUCGUCGUGCUCGACAUACGCGCGCCAGGGGUGCCUGUUGCCGAGCUGCACCGGCACCGGGCUUGCGUAAACGCUGUCGCGUGGGCGCCGCAGGCCAGUAGGCAUCUCUGUUCGGCUGGGGACGACGGGCAGGCACUGAUCUGGGAGCUGCCCGAGACGGCGCCAGCGCCGGCACCGGCCGCGGCUGUGCCUGCCGAGGGGAUUGAUCCUGUGCUAGUGUACGAUGCAGGCGCCGAGAUAAACCAGCUUCAGUGGGCGGCCGCCCACCCAGACUGGAUGGCCAUCGCAUUUGAGAACAAGGUCCAGCUUCUCAGGGUCUGACAAGGUCGGUACCAUGGCGAUAUGAGGUUUGACAUUUCUAUUUCUACAAGUUUUUUAUGUGAAUGAUUGGCUACUGAUUGCUAGUAUUUAGAACAUGUAUGGUGAUAAAAUAUCGAAAUUUGGAGCAAGUUCAUCUUUAUGUGACGGUUACCUGGAACUUAGAACAGCCAACUGGAUAGUAGCAAAUCGGCAAUCUACUUUGUCAGUUCUCAAUACUAAUAUACCGUUUUCAUUGAGCCCA